UCUGAAUCGGAAGGGAAAAAAUAAAAAAAUAAAUAAAGAUAAGCAUCUGGUAAGCUCAGCAAUAUUUGGUUUACCAGAAUUCUUGCCUGAAAAUGUUGGUUGUUUUUGAAAAAGCAGUAGGAAAACCACCGGAGGAGCUGAAGCUUCCUUCAACGGGGUUAGAAAAUAUGAAAUCCCGGCAAGAAAUAGGGGAGAUUAUCCGGUCGUUUUGGCCGGAGUCUAUGGUGUACAGUCUUCGAAAUGGGAAUUUUAUGGCUUUGUCACAUGAAAAUGAAAGUCCAUCACAACCCAGGUCUACCGUAGUCACAGACGAUAUCUUCUGCAUUUUCAUUGGGGCUUUAGAGAACACUAGUGAACUCAGACGACACUAUGGCCUUUCAAGACAAGCUACAGAAGCCAUGGUUGUGGUUGAAGCUUAUAAGGUACUAAGAGAUCGAGCACCCUACCCACCUGAUCAAGUCAUCAAAGAUCUUGAAGGAAAAUUUGCAUUCGUUCUCUUUGAUGCUACAUCUCAAACACUCUUUUUAGCCAGGGACAGGGAAGGAUGCGUAGAACUCCAAUGGGGAAUGGGUGGUGAUGGGUCCUUGGUCUGCUCCAAUGAUCCCAACAUUAUAAGAGAGACAUGUGGCAAAUCCUGUGCACCUUUUCCUCCAGGGUGCAUUUUCAAGAAUGGAAGUGGGCUUAUGAGCUUUGAUCAUCCACUUCACAAGGUAAUAGCAAUUGCUCGUGAAGACGACAAUGGACACAUUUGUGGAGUUAUCUUCCAGGUGGACUUGUACACACGGCUUCCUAGCAUUCCACGUACUGGAAGUGCAGCAAAUUGGGCAGAUCCUACUGUCGUUGAGACAGACUAAAAAGAUCUUAAGAUUUUUGCAUGCUGCUAAUUAAUGAACAUUAUCCAACUCUGCUGUAAUAAUUACUUGAUAUAUUCUGCAAAUACGUGUUAAUUAGAGUUGUAAAAGCCUUUCUGUAAGCUGUUUGCUAGAAACAUGUCGUUUAUGUUAAUUAUU